CUAUAUAAAGCUCAGGUCUCUGAUCAUGUGCUGUUCAUGUUGCUGCCUAACGGACAUCAUCAUGCUGUGGUUGUUCCUUACCUACCUGUUGACACUGUCUGGUGUUUUUGCCGGACGCUAUUUUAACGAAGACCAACCGUGUUUCAAACCUUUACCGAGAAGAAGUCAACUGGGAGUCAAGACUGUUCCGCGUCUUCAUGAUCACGUGAGGGUUGUGGAGCUGCCCAAAGCAUGGGACUGGAGAAAUGUCAACGGCACCAACUUUGUCAGUACUACUCGCAAUCAGCACAUCCCCCAGUACUGUGGGUCCUGCUGGGCUCAUGGAUCCACAAGCGCACUGGCAGAUCGCAUUAAUAUCAAGAGGAAGGGAGUGUGGCCAUCUGCAUACCUCUCAGUCCAGAAUGUUAUUGAUUGUGGGAAUGCUGGUACCUGUCAUGGGGGCGAUCACUCUGGUGUGUGGGAAUAUGCCAACCGCCAAGGCAUUCCGGAUGAAACGUGCAACAACUACCAGGCCAAAGACCAACAAUGCAAGCCAUUUAACCAGUGUGGCACAUGCACUACAUUUGGUCAGUGCAAUGUUGUGAAGAAUUACACUCUCUGGAAGGUGGGAGACUAUGGCUCCGUCAGUGGCCUGGAGAAGAUGAAAGCUGAGAUUUAUGCUUCGGGACCCAUCAGUUGUGGAAUAAUGGCUACUGACAAACUGGAUGCGUACACUGGGGGUGUAUAUUCCGAGUAUGUACAGGAUCCCUAUAUUAACCACAUUGUGUCUGUGGUUGGCUGGGGUGUUGACGAGAAUGGAGUGGAGUAUUGGGUGGUCCGUAACUCCUGGGGUGAGCCAUGGGGGGAGAAGGGCUGGUUAAGGAUAGUGACCAGUGCUUAUAAAGGUGGCAGUGGGAGUCAAUAUAACCUGGCGGUUGAAGAAGACUGCAUGUAUGGGGAUCCUAUCCUGCCAGAAGGAUACAUGCAGUGAUCUGGAGAAUACAUUGAGCACACCCUCAAACUACAUCACCUGCAACGCUGCACCGCAAAUUCUGUGAAUGAUUGAUCCAGCUGAUUUAGGGCACUGAUGGUCUGUGUAUUCAUUGCAAUUACUAAAAAACAUUGUGCAAUAUGCUCUAUUAUUGUGUAAAUCUGAAGCCCCACUGCUGUUUUAAUUAUUAUUAUUAUUUUUUAAGUUUCUUAUUGUCCAGUGUAGAAAAUUUCAUGACCAGGGUCUGAAAGGUGAUUUAAAUACUGAAGACUUUACACCUUAUUAAUUUUUUUUCCCUUUUACAUCUGACCUGAUGUUUAACUUUUUUAAGGUUAGGAAAUGAUUGACCAUUUGGACACUUGAUUGCAGAACAUGACUUGAAAUUUAUUAGAUAUGAUGAUUAUAGAAAAUAUGUUACAGUAGUCUAAUAAGCAGAAAAGUGUAAAGGUUCAAUUUUAUCCUGUUUUAUUUUCCACUGUAGAACAUUCCACAUUGUAUUGAAAAGUAAUUUAAAUAAAAAUCCACUAAACAUGUUGUACAAA